AUGCUCAGCGUUUGCGUCGUCGUCGUCUGCGGUGACGGUGAAGGCUGUGGUUGGCGGCGGUGGAGGUGCGAAGGGAUGCGAAGUGACGGCGGAAAUCCGAAGAGAUAUUAUUCGUCAAAACGUUACGACGGCGCAUGCGCCACCGCACACACGUACACCUUCAGCGGCGGAGGUGGCCCACCGGCGUCCACACGCCCGGCGGGCGAGCGGUCGGAGCGCAGCAACCGUAGCCGCUGUAAAGGGGCCACAAUACGCGCGCGCCAUCGAAUGUACACCCCGCCGACACCGCCUCCACCACCCACGUCCACCGCCGACGAUAACGGCCACCCGAUAGUUUUAUUUAGAACUAUGCCGCCGCGCACUGUUGCGCCGACGACUGUUUUGCCGUUUUAUUUUUUUAUCGUCCCGUUUCUCGUCUUGUCUCUAUAA